AUGCACUUAAUAUUCUUGUAUUUUUAUUUAAAUUUCUAUUAAAUAUCUUAAUUAAUUAAACUUUUGAGUUAAUUAAUUGAAAAUAUAUCUAAUUAUGUUGGACUUAUUAAUAUUUUCUUCUGCUAAAACAAAAAUAAACAGCAACUUAACAAUCCAAGGUGUAAACUUUAAUUAUGA